AUGGCUCUCGAUGACCCUGGUGGUGCCCUUGUGUCCUGUGGAUUUGCGCGGCACAUACAGAACGUUCACACGAGGCCCAGCAAGGAACCAAUCUGUAACAUCUGCAAGAGGGUUUACUCCAGCCUGAACAGCCUAAGGAACCAUAAGAGCAUCUACCAUCGGCAGCACAGUAAGAACGAGCAACAACGGAAGGAGGAGGAACAGAUACAGAGGGAAAGGGAGCAGAGAGAUCACAGCGAUCGUUUUGGACAUCAACAACAACAACCUCAAUCGCAACAACAGCAUCAACAGCAACAACAACAACAACAGCAGCAGCAGCAGUAG